AAUGUCAGAUGGGCAAUAUGGACCAAUAUCAGCUGGAAUUAUCCGUUCGAUUACCGAUAAAUCAUAUGAAAGGCGAAAAGCGGCUGCACUUGACGUUGAAAAACUAGUCCGUGAUUUAUUCAAUAAUAAUCAACUCUCACAACUGGACAAAUGCCUGUCCGUCCUCGGAGAGCUGAUUAAUUCUGGAAAUUCGAAUCAAAGAAAAGGAGGACUUAUUGGAAUGGCUGCAGCUUCUAUUGCUCUUGGAAACAAGAAUGCACCGCCAUACACUGCAAAAUUGGUUGAACCUAUUAUUCCAUGUUUUCACGAUGCUGAUCUUCAAAUUCGAUACUAUGCUUGCGAAUCACUCUACAAUAUUGCGAAAAUUUGCAAGACAUCAGUUUUAGCACAUUUUGAAGACAUUUUUGAUGUACUUUGGAGGGUCACGGCAGAUUCUGAUCAAAACGUGAGAGGAGGAGCUGAACUAUUGAACAGACUUAUCACAGAAAUUGUCUUGUCGGAGCAAGAAUUUGACAUUGCAAUUCUAAUGUCCUUGAUUCGAGAUAGAAUUUACACUCAAACAUCUUCAAACAGAAGAUUUAUUCUUGAAUGGCUAAAUACUAUCGACUCGGCACCAUUCUUCUCUUUUUGCAAUUAUAUUUCAGAGAUUUCUGAUGGAUUAUUCAAAAUGCUCGGAGAACAAGCUCCAGCAGUUCGAGAUCUCUGUGAAACUGUUCUUGGGAACUUUUUGACUGCUAUCAGAUCUAAACCGGAAUCUCUCAGUUUGGAAGAUAGAAUUCAAAUGAUCAAUGUGCUCGUUGUGCAUACUCAUGAAAAUGAACCAUUUCUCGCAAGGAAACUCUCGUUAAUCUGGCUCGAGGAAUUUGUGAAACUCUACAAAACUGAUCUCCUAGUGAUGCUGUCUACAUGUCUCGUGGGAAUUCUUCCGUCAAUUGUGGAAACAGAAUUGAAAGCGGAUGCUGUAAAUCGAUUGCUGAUGGCAUUGGUUGGUGAAGCCAAGUUGGAGCAGGACAUCCUCGACAAAACGAUCGAGGUAUUGCUGAAAUAUAUCAAGUACGACGUCGUGGAGACUAGAGUCACCGUAUUAAAUUGGAUUCGACACCUGCAUAGUUCAAUGCCCGGUCAACUCUUCGUUCAUAUGCAUCAAAUAUUCCCUGUUCUUCUCAACACGCUUUCUGAUACAUCGGAUGAAGUACUUCUUCUGGAUCUUUUCCUCAUUUCUAACAUCUGUCAAUCAGAAUCUGCUCCGGAUCAGGUAGACGUGUCAACAUUUGGAUUAAAUGAAACCGAACUGAAACAAGUUUCCCACAUAUCGCCAUUCCUCAUAAAGUUUGUGCUGAGCCUGUUGGAAAUGUUUCGCACUGAGCCAACAUUACUUCGCGAAAGAGGUGUACUCAUCAUCAGACAAUUGUGUCUUCUUCUUGAACCUGCUCAUAUUUAUCGUGUGAUUUGUGUUCUCUUGGAACGUGAAUCGAAACAUAACUUUGCACAGGAAAUGGUAUCAACUCUUCAUGGCGUUCUACUCACUGCCACCGAACUUUUCAUUUUGAGAGAUGAACUGCGUGCUCUCUCCAACGAAUCUUCCCGAUCAUUAUUCGAAUGCAUUUUCCGUGUUUGGUCAAAUCGUCCGAUUGCUCUUUUGGGACUGUGUCUACUGUCACAACAUUAUCAACAAGCGGCUGAUAUUGCACUUCUUCUUUCUCAAGUUGAUAUCACAGUUGAUGUACUACUGGAGAUUGACAAACUUGUGAACCUUGUCGAGAGUCCUGUUCUCGCUUAUGUUCGUAUGGACCUUCUUUCGUCAAUUCAUCGCCCUCCACUAUGCACAGUUUUAUCAGCUCUUUUGAUGCUUCUCCCACAAUCUGAAGCAUUCGUCACCCUACAUAAACGUCUUCAGGCAGUUCCGGCACUAGUGUCUAUUGAUAACUCUCCGUAUGCUCCAAAAGUCCCACCAUGCAGAAUCGACUUCCCACCAUUAAUGCUCCAUUUCAAAGCAGCUCUUGCUCGCCGUCAAACCGAAGUUCGCUCACGUCACAGGGAUCUUUUAUCGGGAGUUGUUACCCAAAUGAAAAAUGUAAAAAUCUAAUUAUUUUUGUAUCUUUUCAAGUUUCUACUAUUUAUUUCUUAAUUUAUAUUAUUGCCCCAAAAAUGUGAUAUAUUGCCAACUUGUAUUGUAAGAGGGUAAAUAUGUGAUAGUAUAUGCUCCCACUCGUUAAGUAUUUGUCAAAUAAAGCGUACUCAAUA